GAACCUUGAACAUACAAGUAGUCAGCAACCACUGGACUUCACGUCCAACAUGAGCUUUAGAGUCUUCUCUUGACCUCUCCUCUGCUUCACGCUGGACAUGGACGAGUGGUGGUAGAAGAACGCCCUCGCAAUCCGGCGCUCCAAGAAGCAGCUUACGUACACGACUUCCUCCCCACCUCCACAAUGGGCCUCUUCAGCUCCUCCGCAAGAAACGAUGUCGCAGAUCCAACAUCUCGCGGCGCAUACGAACUCGUAGAAAACCGCGACCCAACAGCAACUUCAUCUUCCUCUCACAUCCGCCUCCGCUCGAUCGCCGAAUCCGACGAAAUCCAAGAAGAAGAACCCACUCCCCACGAAAAACUCACUCUCCGCCGCGUACCCGACAAUCUCCCCUGGGCCGCUUUCCUCGUCGCCAUAGUCGAGUUGUGCGAACGUUUCACCUAUUACGGCCUUUCCGGACCUUUUCAGAAUUACAUUUCAAACAAGUAUCAUGAUCCUAAUGGUUUACCCGGCGCACUUGGACUUGGCCAAGGCGGUGCGACGGCUUUGACGAAUUUGUUUCAGUUUUGGUGUUAUGUCACGCCGGUCAUUGGAGCUGUCGUGGCGGAUCAGGUUUGGGGGAAGUAUCGCACGAUUUUUUGGAGUGCAGUUGUGUAUCUUGUUGGGGUGGCGGUGUUGUUUGUGACGAGUUUGCCGAUGAGUAUUGAGAUGGGGUUGGCGAUGCCGGGGUUGAUUGCCGCUAUGGCUAUCAUUGGUCUGGCUACAGGCGGCAUUAAGAGUAAUGUCUCCCCCAUGAUUGCGGAACAAUAUAGGAAUACCAAACUCUUCGUACGAACGACAAAGUCUGGGGAGCGAGUUAUCGUGGAUCCGGCUGCAACGAUUCAGAGGAUCUACAUGAUUUUCUACCUCUGCAUCAACAUCGGCUCUCUUUCGCCGAUCGCGACCACUCUCAUGGAAGCCCGACUUGGAUUCUGGUCAGCUUAUCUUCUGUGCCUGUGCAUGUUUGUGGUCGGCUUCGGAAUCUUGGUCUCAGGCAAUGACAAGUAUGUGCACACUCCGCCAGCCGGAUCAAUAAUACCAAAAGCGAUCAAGGUCUGCUUGAUCGGGCUGAGAAAGCGGGAUCUUGACGCCGCGAAGCCUCAAUUUCAGCCCAAAGGAAGUGUCGACUGGGACGGCGUGUUUGUAGAGGAGGUGAAGAGAGCACUCGUGGCGUGCAAAGUCUUCCUCUUCUUCCCGGUCUACUGGCUCGCCUACGGACAAAUGCUCAACAAUUUCGUCUCAAUGGCAGGGAAGAUGGAACUACACGGAAUCCCGAACGACAUCAUGCAGAACAUUGAUCCUAUCACGAUCAUCAUUUUCAUCCCGUUCUGCGACAAGAUCCUGUAUCCUGGACUCAGGCGGAUGGGCAUCAAAUUCAAACCGAUCACUCGCAUCACUUUCGGCUUUAUGUUUGCAGCCGCUGGUAUCCUCUGGGCUGCAGCUCUUCAAAAGGGCAUCUACAUGAGCGGUCCAUGCUACGACAAGCCGAUGAACUGCGAAGCUGGCCUCAGAGAGGACGGAACGUACGCACCUAACAAGGUGAAUGUGCUCUGGCAAACGCCUUCAUAUAUUCUUAUUGGAAUGAGCGAGAUCUUUGCAGCUGUCACUGGACUGGAAUAUGCUUACACCAAAGCUCCACCAAACAUGAAAUCUUUCAUUAUGAGCUUGUUCUUGCUUACGAAUGCAGGUGGUGCUGCGUUGGGAGCAUUCAUUAGUCCUUGGGCGAAGGACCCGACUCUAGUGUGGGUGUAUCUCACUUUGUCCGGGGUUUGCGGUGAUGCAUGUUGGAUCUUUUGGCUCUGGUUCCGAAGUCUGAAUAAGAAGGAAGAUGAGCUGAAUGAGCUGGAUCAGGAUAAGGAGAUAGAUCCGUGAUAUAUUCGGAGUUGAAGCUUCGGUCUGCCUCUGGUACUUCCGCAUCUUUGGCUUCGCCUCCGGUCCAAGCAGACGUAAAUAUGACGUCUCCUCGAUCGCGACGAGGACUCCCAUUGACGCUGCGCAAGGCAAAAUUGUAACGCUACUAACGUCCGCACGAGGAGAGUCAGCACAGAGACGUAACAGUAUGCGAGCGGGCAGCCAGCCGGCGACGCCUUCGAGAGCCCGGCCGCCUUUGGGACCAAGGUCUUGAAGGCCUUCACCAACCCCUAUACAGAUGCAAGUCUGAGGCAUCUGAGCACACCUACCCCCGUUCGAUACAUUAAGCUAGGCCCUGCAGCUUGUAGAGGCAAAGCGCUGCUGGGCCAACUAGACAAUGAAUCUGGAGAGACGCUCUGUCAAGAAGGUCAACAUCCACUAGUAGCACGAAGCUAAACAUCAGUCCGCAUUGAAACCCUCUAUGACGACAACUCCAUCAUAACGAGAUGUUAUAGUAGCAGCGAGGCAUCGCUGUAAAUAAGAUGGAACUGCAGAGCGCUUUGCAGCGGUCUCGCGCGCUUCCUAGCAAAGCCUCGAUUCGGUGGUUCCAGGCUUCGCAACUCGAUGGGGAACAUCAGCCUUUACUCUGGACACGCUUCUCCGACUCUCGCAAGGUUGCAAGCUUGGCGCACAUAGUCGCUUAAAGCGCAUGCUUUCCAUUCAUUCCCACCAAUCGCUCUCCAACGUACCCAGUUCUGUCUAGUCUCAGGAUCCGCCCAGUAUCCCGAUUGGCAGGCCUGUUAUGAGGAUGUUUAGCUACAACUCUAGUGGUUGGGGGUGUAAAACUUGAAAUACAUACGCCUCUAGUGAAUGAAUUAUAGCUUGGAAGGAAUCGAGUUGUGAACUUUACGUUAGGCGGUGGCUGUCCAGAAGGGAAGAAUUGUUGAUGUUUCUUGUAGCAAGUGCAAGCAAGUUUGGUCGCACAAGUAUCAGCGCUACCCGUGUUUGCGUUAAGUGUAACGCAUUCGCCCCAAGUGUUGCAGUGGACACUAGCAAGAUAUUAGAAAAUGGCUGGAGGAAGGGAGCGUUGUAGCAUACUAUGCUAUAAAGUACACAGCAAUAGUAGACCAGAUGUAGAGCAGCAUUUUCCACA